CCGCUUCCGCUUCCUGCUCUGCUUUCCCCACGGCGUGGGAAAGAUGCCUUCGCUUCUCAGCGUGGCUUCUGCGUGAGCGCCGCUGCGCUUCCAUCGGUGGAGGUAGAAAUCGAUCGCGCCGCUGGAAUUUGGAGGGGAAGCGGGUGGCGUGCGGGUGGGUUCGAGACAUGUGAAGCUGCUGGCUAGCCUGGUGAGUGAAGGCGCAAGUAUUGAGUUCCAAAGUGUAAGAACACCGAAAUGUCUGUUCUGCGUGGGAAAGGGUCAGCCCGUAAAUCCAAACAAAUUGUGAAAACAUCUUUGAACAACCCGUAUAUUCCACAAUGGUGUACACUGACAGGAGAGGAUAUGCAUUUUGUGUUGCAGGCCUUGGAAGAAGUCAUUAAGCAGACUGGCUUUAAAAAGAUAGAAGAUCGGAAGAGAAUGAAACCCACUUCCAGAAAAAGGCAAAAGGAAGAAGGUUGCAAUCUUCCAAGCAAAGUUAAUGAGGACAAAGGGGCUGAUGACCCAAAAGCACAUGGGUGGUCUGAUGUGCAAAUCAGGAACCAACUUGCUAUUGGAAUCAAUGAAGUAACUAGAGCUUUAGAAAAAAAUGAAUUGGGUCUUGUACUGGUAUGCAAAUCUGCUAAACCUGCCUUGCUAACAUCCCAUCUGAUUCCACUUAGCGCAAGUCGAGCUAUCCCAGCUGGGCAAGUUCCACGUCUCAGCGAAACAUUAGCCCCAAUGCUUGGAUUAACCUCUGUGCUGGCCUUGGGGUUUAAAAGAACUGCUGAUGUGUUUGCAAAGGUCCUUGAAGUAAUUACUCCACGAAUUCCUAGUUUAGAUCUGCCAUGGAUGCAGCAUGGAAUUGAACCAUUUUUAAUAAAUGAUACUGAUGUCGUGACUCCUUCAGCUACUGAAUUCACUGAGUCUACCCCAGUAGGGAGCUCACUCAGUCACAAGUGGAAACUGGCAGAUGACAGCCCGCUCACUUCCCCUACCAUAACUCUUCAGACGCUUAAAGUUAAAAAUAUAGUUCCCAAUCCAAAAAAAUCCCGCAAGCUUCCCAAAACUAAAAAACGUAUUUCAAAGUAACAUUGAUUUCUACAGUUUGCAUUUACGUUUGCCCACCCAAAACUAUGAAAUAUAAUAAUGUCAUAUCACUGAAAACACGUUUUCCAAAUUAGUUUUGAAUUGGAACUGAAACUAGACAUCUGAAGUUGUUUUAAAAGGUAUAUCAAUCUAGAAGGGGCUGCUUAAUAUAUAUAUAUAUAAUUUUCUUUUUAUUUUUUCUUCAGUUUUUCUUUUAUACUUUUCUUCUGCCUUCCCUCAACUAAUUUCCAGCCAGUGAAUUUCUUCUGCUGCUAGAAGAAGCAAGGGGAAUGUGUUCAUGUAUGCCGACAGAAAAAUUAGUUCAUUGUAUAAAUAGCCUUUGUACUAGGUGAUUUUUAUUAGGAAUUAUUAAUUCAAAAAAUGUAACUUAUUUAUCCUGGCUAUAACCUUUUUGAAAUGUGGCUUCUGCAAGUAGAUACAGCAUAUAAAUAUGUAUGUAUUCUACAAGUGUGUACAUGUAUAUGUAAAAUUUGUUUCUACUGAUGUUGGUAAUCUUAAAUAGGCAAGAUGGAAAAGCUGGCCAUUGUACUUGAUGCUGGGGUAAAAAUCAUACUCCGUUCAUGGCGCCUUCUACAGUUAAUUUCCGAAUCUGGUGCUUUCCAGAUAUUUUGGGUUACAACUUCCAUCUUCCCCAGUCUGUAGGGGUUAUAUCAUUUUAAACAGAAUACCUUGGUUUUUGAAGUAACAAAUGUUUUAGAUUAAACAUAAUUAUUCAAAACAAAAUAGUAUGAAAGUGAUACAUUUAUUGAAACAUUCAUUGGUGCCAAUAAAAUUCAAGAACUGUUAAGAGGCUGUAACUGAAAACAGCUGCACAUUUGAGAGAACAUCCUUUUUCUAUUUAAUAUUUUUUCUUAAACAGUUGUGAUUCUCAUCGAGUAGGACAUGCAGAACUGAGCACAGAUGCAUUUUGCUUUUGAUAAUACAAAUUACUUUCUUUAGCAUAUCAGAUCAGUUCCCUGCACUAAGAUAGAGAGGCAUUUGAGACUUCAGGCUUUUGGAUUAAUAGCUUGUGAGGUGCAUUGGUCCAGAAAAGCAGAUUUCUAAGAGGAGGACACAGUAUUAUCAUAUUCAGAUAAAUGUUAUUAAAUCCAAGCACUAAAAUUGGUCCUGGUUGUAUAAUUAAAAUAAUUGUUUAGAAUACACUUCAUUAAAUUGCUAUAGAAUGGGUUGUAGAAACGGGAAAAUUGGGGGAAGAAACAGAAUAGGAAGUAUAGAACUGUGUCCGUUAACAAGGUGUAAGUUACUUUUAAGCACAGAUUUUGCAACUAAUGCAAAAUCCGGGAUUAGAGCUAUUGGGACUUUCUGGCAACAUUUAAAAUUAUAAUUCCUGGUUUGUAUGCAACAUCAGCUUUUGGGAAAACGUGUACAAGAGUCCCUUUCCCCAUUAGCUAACAAUAGGAAAAGACUAAAAGCUUGAGAUUUAGCAACCGAAUUAGUAGUUUUUGAUUUAGGAGCAACGAAAACACAUGAUCUCAUGGUCACUCUAAGCUAGGCUAUUGGAAUCUCUUUGAAAAUUUCCACAUUUGGAAAUAUACAAAUAUGUUUCAGUAUUUGGUUAAACUUGUUAUACUAUCUACCAAGGCUACUAACAAAUUAGGAUCAAAUCUUGAUAAUACUUUUUCUCCAGCAACUUUGUACUUGAUGAAUCCACUUUGAAAAGAUGUUCAGAUCAUUGCUAAACAUCUACAAUUCCCCCACCCACCUCUCAAAAAUGU